GGGCAGUACUACACCAUCACCUAAAAAAUAGAACACUUCCGGUGUCUAUAGUCGCCCAAACACAGAAGCUCGGUUGUUUUCAAUGAGUCACUAAGGGUUAUUUUAUUGUUUGAAGAAGCGUCACGACUUAACAGUGUGUCAGUACAGAUCCCGGAGGGACGACAUGGCGACCACCAUCAGCACCAAGAGGGGACAGGUGUAUAUUGGAGAGCUACCGCAGGACUUCUUGCGAAUCACUCCCAACCAGCAGCAGCAGCAGGUCCAGCUGGACGCUCAGACAGCCCGGCAGCUGCAGUAUGGAGGCUCGCUGAACACUGUGGGGCGACUCAGCAUUACUGUAGUCCAGGCCAAACUGGCUAAGAACUAUGGGAUGACACGGAUGGAUCCUUACUGCAGGAUCAGAUUGGGCUACGCAGUCUAUGAGACCCCAACUGCUCAUAACGGAGCUAAGAACCCUCGCUGGAACAAAGUUAUUCAGUGUACGGUACCUCCAGGGGUGGAUUCCUUCUAUUUGGAAAUCUUUGAUGAGAGAGCAUUUUCCAUGGAUGACAGGAUCGCAUGGACACAUGUCACCAUUCCUGAGAACUUAAGGGAGGGCAACGUGGUGGAUGAGUGGUUCAGCCUCAGUGGGAGACAGGGUGAUGACAAGGAAGGCAUGAUUAACCUGGUCAUGUCAUUUGCUUCUUUACCAGCAGCGAUGAUGAGUCAGCCUGUUGUACUAAUGCCAUCUGUCUACCAGGAAGGUGUAGGUUAUGUGCCUAUUGCAGGAGUGCCUGGAGUCUACAACCAGGGUGUGGUACCUAUGGCUGUACCAACAACCAUGCCGGCUAGGGGGGCCCAAGAGCCAGUGUGUAGCGAGGAGGAUCUGCAGGCUCUUCAGGACAUGUUUCCCAACCUGGACAAAGAGGUGAUUCGCACAGUGCUGGAGGCGCAGCAGGGCAACAAGGACGCCGCCAUCAACUCUCUGCUGCAGAUGACUGAGGAACUCUAACUACAGAAGACUGAGAGCAGACAUUCCAGCAGAUGUACAUGCAUGAAUGCAGGCAGGGAGAUCAUUUUUUACCCACAGAAAGUCUACUGCAGCUUUACACAUGUACACACAGUUUUCCCAAAGACCUUUUAAUCCUGAGAUCCUAAUUGAUCCACGAGCUGCUGGUCAGAGGCCUGUUUCCUCUCAGUUAAAUUAGCCAAACGGUUCAGAGGAAGUACAAGGUGUGUAUAUUUACACAACUCUGUAUCACUGCAAUGAUAAGACCAGUCUGGUCUGUAAAAGCUCCAUUCAACUUAUUGAGCUGACAGAUGUGUAACUUGCUAGAUUGUGUAAAUGUUGCUUACAUUUUAUUUGAGUCUUUUGUUGUCGUAAUUCAGUUGGAACUUGAUUUGCACUGAUUGAGCUGUAGUGAGUCAGUCGGCCGUUUGUUUAGUCGUUUUUAGCUAAAUAAGUUUUGUAUCUCUCUGUUCUACAUCUUCUCCUUCAUGUUUAGCCAUAAAAUGCUAGCUAUAUAUAAAAUCUUAAGUAUGGAAUCCAUUAUGUAGAAAUGUAUAUGGCCAGAAAAUUGAGGGUAAAUGAUGGAUUGCGAGGAAAGUAACUUUAAAAAAAUGCUUAAAAUGUAUUUUAAACUUAUUUUGAUAUGAAAUAUUAAAAUGUCUGUGCAGUGGCUUGUGUAAAUUAACCUUAGUCUCAAAACUGCAUUGUGACAUUGAGAUGUUGCUUCAUUUCAGGAUCAGCUUGCUAAUAAAGCUUUUGAGACUAAAAUA